GCUACGGUCUGGAGUAGCCAUGUUGCAAAAUUUGAGUCAUCAUUGAAAGAAGGGUUUUGCUACGAGAUUAGGGGGUUUAGCGUUGCUAUGAAUAAUUACAUAUACAAACCUUGCACUCACUCAUGCAUGUUGUAUUUCAAGUUUGACACCUUUGUUAAACCAAUUGAAGGAUUGGAAAUUCCCUUUUACGGGUUUAACUUCACACCGUAUUCCGCUAUAUUUCAACAAUCUAGAGAGGAUGAGAAAUUGAUCGAUGUCAUAGGUGUUGUCGUAGCAAAAGGUGAGCUAUCAAAUUUCUACAAAGGAAAUAAAACAGUCAACUAUAUUGUUGUUGAUCUCGAUGCUCUAGACGGAAGUGAAAUUUUGAGUUGUACAUUGUGGGAAGAUUUCGCUCAACAAUUUUUACAAUAUGUUGCUGAGGGACACGAUGGUCCUAUUGUUCUUAUUCUGCAAUUGGCUAAACUGAAAUUGUUCAAAGGUAAGAUGGGAGUGUCGAAUGCAAACUACAACUCUAAACCGUUGAUGAAUAUAGAUAUUCCUGUGGUUCAAGACCUUAAGAAAAGUUAUCUGAUGAAAAAUCCUAAUAGAAAUUCUGCCACAAUAACUGCGGCGUCAAAGUACUCAUUGAGCAAUGAUGUGUUGAAUGAAUCGGUUUACAAGUCAAUUGCGGAGUUAAAAAACAACAAUGAGGAUGGUUAUUUUGUGACAUACGGAAUUGUGAAAGACAUUGAAUUAAGAACAAAUUGGACAUAUCGUGCGUGCCCAAUGAGGAAUUGCUUAGCUGGAGUGAAGGAACAAGAUGAGAGAUAUUUUUGCAAAAAAUGCAAUAAGGGUUACCACAAUGCUACAUUUAGGUACAACAUUCAAAUAGUGGUAGCUGAUGAAACUGAUUCUACAACCUUCACCGUUUUUGACCGUGAGGCUAGCAAUUUUUUGAAAAAAAGCGCAGUGGAACUUCACAAUUCAUAUGCUGAAAGGGCUAAUAUUGACGAGAUGUAUCCUCAAGAACUUGAUUUGUUCAAAGAAAAGGCUUUUGUAUUCAAGGUCCAAGUCAAGACAGAAUUCUUCAAUUACACGGAGCAGACAAACAUACAAGUAAAUCGGCUGGUUACAGAUGAUGCACUCAUAAAGUCCUUUUUGGAUAAAUACAAGAUAGAAGAGUGCCCUUCCCAAAGUGGUUCUUAUGAAAUAUUGGAUGAUGAUCAUGAAACAAAUGACACAACCAAGAUUAGCAAUGCACCCAAACAAAGUGAAGAAGACUCAUCAUUUGUUAGAACUCCACCCUCAACUAGCAAGACAAUUGGUGUAAAAGCAAAGGCCACAAUUGAUGUUUGUGACGAUACUCAGAUGUCUGCAAACAAGAUUCCAAAAGUGAUUAAGCAAGAAAAAGAAGAUUAAAGAUGGAUGAGAAAAUAUGGCUCUUUUGAACCGGAAUUUGUUUCAGCAGUUUGCUUUGUUUGAUUGUGACUAAAGACAUAAUCUAUUUUCGCUUUCAUAUUUUGUUAUUUAGUUUGGAAGGAUAAUUUUAAAUUAUGGUCUUCAAUUUUGAAUUCUAAAUCUUAAUUAUAUUUUAUUAUUUUGGUUGUUUUGAAUCUACCUCUCUUUUCUAUAUAUCUGAACGACGAAUAUGCUAUUCUUAUUUUUCCGAUCAUAAACGAGGUUAGUUGUUUUUGGAGGCAAGAUAUAGAUUAAA